AUGGCGGCAACUCCUACAUCAACGUCCGCCGUUAUUACUACAUUAGUGGCUAAUUUGACACUAUUUGGAGUAUUCGUUGGAUGCUUCUUAGUAUUGAGGAUCAAAUUUAAGCGGACGUAUUCGCCUAAGUAUUCAUACGAUUUGGUUCCGGAAGAAAAGAAACCGGAGCCAUUACCUAGAGAUCCGUUGAGAUGGAUCUUUAUAUUGUUAAUGAAGCCCGACUCGUUCGUUAUUCAACAGGCUGGUCUUGAUGGGUACUUUUUUUUGAGAUACCUCUUCGUCUUCGGCCUUAUAUUUUUGUUUGGUAUUGCCAUGCUUGCGAUUUUAUUACCAGUGAAUGCGACAAAUGGUGGAUCAAAAACAGGGUUCGAUCAAUUGGCCAUUUCGAACGUUUUAGACAAGAAUAGGUACUACGCUCAUGUUUUUAUGGGAUGGAUAUUUUACGGAGCUGUCAUUUACAUGAUCCACCGAGAAUUAUUUUUCUACAACUCGGUCCGUUGUGCUGCUUUAUCAUCACCAAGGUAUGCAAAAAAAUUAUCAUCAAGGACUCUUUUGAUCCAGUGCGUGCCUGAUACUAUGUUAGAUGAAAAGCAAUUCUUGAAGAUUUUUAAUGGUGUUAAAAGAAUUUACGUUGCUAGAAACGCAAGGAAGUUAGAAUAUAAGGUCAGAUUAAGGGAAAAUAUGGUUUCCAGGUUAGAAAAAGCUGAGAACAAGUUAUUGAAGUCUGCAGUCAAAGCCAAAUUAAAGGCUGAUAAAAAGGGUACUUCCAUUGACCCAAAUGCCGAUAUCUAUGCUUACGUUCCGGAAGAGAAAAGACCUAGACACAAGUCAGGCGGUCUCUUCUCGAAGAAAAUUGACACCAUAAAUUACUGUAAAGAGGAAAUUCCCAAGUUAGAUAAGGAAGUUAAACUGUUACAGAAGAAAUAUAGAACAUAUCAAGCAAAAAACUCUAUUUUUGUUGAAUUUGAGGAUCAAUAUACUGCACAAUUGGCGUUACAAACAGUUACUCAUCAUAAUCCUUUAAGAAUGGGUCCAGUCCAUACUGGUAUAGAACCAUCUGACGUUUACUGGAAUAAUUUGCGAUUAUUCUGGUGGGAAAAGUUUUUGAGAAAAAUAUUCGCUUGUGCUGAUGUUGUUCUUUUAAUUAUUUUUUGGGCUGUUCCUGUGGCAUUCGUAGGUGUGAUCUCGAAUAUCACUUACAUUACUAAAGUCUUACCUUGGCUUGAUUGGAUUAAUAACAUGCCAGAUCAAUUAUUAGGUAUUAUCACUGGUUUGUUGCCAACAGCCAUGUUAUCACUCUUGAAUACAUUUUUACCUAUUUUUAUCAGAUACAUGGCCAAGGCUGCAGGCUGUCCAACUCUUCAGCUGAUUGAAUUCUAUACACAAGAUGCUUAUUUUGCUUAUUUAAUGGUCAAUGCGUUCCUUGUUGUCGCUAUUGCUUCUUCAGCUGUGUCAGUUGUUCAGAAAAUUAUUGAUAAUCCUACAUCGGCGAUGGAUAUUUUGGCAAACAAUUUGCCAUUAUCGUCUAAUUUCUUUAUCUCAUACAUUGCAUUACAAGGGCUUACAGUUUCUUCUGGUGCGUUAUUACAAAUUGUUGGUCUCUUCUUGUACUAUAUUUUAGGAGCUUUACUUGAUUCAACUGUUAGGAAGAAGUGGAAUAGAUUUUCUGGAUUAGGUGGAAUGUUAUGGGGUACAACCUUUCCGGUUUACACGAACUUAGCGUGUAUUGUUUUAGCCUAUUCGAUCAUUGCACCAAUGAUAUUGAUUUUCGCCUGCAUCGCUUUCUUCUUGUUAUACAUCGCUUAUUGCUACAACUUAACGUAUGUCUUUAUUGAAAGUCCUGAUUCGAGAGGAAUGCAUUAUCCAAGAGCUUUAAUGCAAACCUUCGUUGGCUUGUAUCUUGGCCAAGUUUGUUUAUUGGGUAUUUUUGUUGUCGGUAAAGGUUGGGGACCAAUUGUUUUACAAGCCAUCUCUCUCGGAUUUACUAUUAUGACACACAUUUAUUUGCGAGACGCUUUUCAUAACCUCCUUAGGGUGAUUCCUAUUGACUGUAUGAAACCCUUGGACGGUGUUUCUCAUACCCCAUCGUUCCAAGGCAAAUCGGAUUACGAAGAGAAGAUUUUAGAGAGAAAGAAAAGGUCCAAAUCAAAGCACUUCGAGAAGGAGGUUGCCCGUGAUAAGAUGGCUCAAGAAGAAGUCAAGAACGAUAUUUUAAAUAUCGAUAUGGAACUAAACGAAAAUGAAACGACGCAAACGUUGGUCCCAUUAUUGGCCGACAGAGACUUCAAGAAUACUGAAUCAUCCAAUGCUUUCGUCAGGUUCUUUAGACCGGAUGUUUUCCUUAACUAUAGACAUGUAAAGGCUCUCUUACCAGCAACGUUUAACGUUGAACCGGAAGAAGCAGAUGACAAACAUGCUUAUGAUUCACCUGUGAUUGCAGCACCUUUACCUGCUGUCUGGAUUCCAAGGGAUCCAAUGGGAUUAUCUACGAGAGAAGUUGAAGAACAUUCCAAAUACAUCAACAUAAGUGAUGAAAAUUCUGGAUUUAAUGAAAAGGGUAAGAUUAUUUUCCUUGGUGAAGCCCCAAAUUAG